UGUUGAGUGUUGUCUGCAGCCGUAUCAAACAAAUCCCAUUUUAUUGAUGUUGAGGAAACUAAAUAUGAAAUACGUUUGUAUCACAUGUGGAAAUAAUUCAGAUAAGCUGUAUCAUGAUUACAAGGGCGGCAUUAUCAAAAUUUCGAUUUGUGAGAAAUGCGGCAACGUAGUGGACAAAUACAUAGAACAUGAUCUGGUGAUUGUCAGUCUAGAUGCGUUGUUGUUAAAGAGACAGGCAUUCAGACAUGUGCUUAUCAACAGUGGCAUUGAGUCUCACUGGAAAUUCUGUCUGGUAUUGCUGUUAUGUGAGGCCGUGACGAAACUGUUAAGACAGACCAGUGUAAACCGGGAACCAGAAUGGCCACCAGAAAAUGUUCUGUACUCAGCCCUUGAAGUAGACCUGUACUGGAACUUUGUGUCUUCAGCUGUUGAAUUGUUCUGUUUCCUGAUUAUUGUUGUGGCUAUGAUGUGUAUAUUCAAAAAGGUUUCUUCUAGCAAUGAAUGGCCAAGCGCGCACACAUUCUUGUGUGGAAUAUUGCUGUCGAUGUUCGGAAAGAUGUUUGUCCUGCCCGCUAUUCUGUGGGGUCACAAGUACAGUGCGGUAUAUACCUUGCUGUGUGACGUCUUUACAGCUGCUGCAAAUAUACAGGCAGUGAGAGUGUUGUGUCCAAAAUGGAACAUUGUUGGCUUAACCGUAUCAGUCGUGAUGGGACAUUUAGUGGUAUAUUUUGUGUCAAAGGAACUUCAGCAGUUUUCAUUGGUCGAUACAUGAGGAAUAGUUUCUCGUCAUAUGAAUAACUUUGCCAUAAUAAUAUAUAGAAGGUGCAGUCAGUGUGGUCUAGUGUAAAAGGUGACUGCCUCUCAAAGAUUUUGGCUGUUUGUUGAAGCCGAAACAGGGCCACAUUCUCUUGGCCUCUUAAGAAGGACACCAAUUCCGUUUCUUUACCAAGAUCAAGAGCACAUUCAAGCUAAAAUAGAGAAGUAUAAACUUGAUUAUCUAAGCUAAUCAACAUUAGCUUAUGAAAAUCAGACAAAAUGGAUGAUCAUCAAUAAUUGGAGAGGUCAUUUUCGAUCAAUUAAUUAACAGUGUCAUAAUCGGAACUGAAUCGUGGGUUCCAAUUUAUUUGCAUGCAACCGACUCGAGAUAGAAAAAUCCUUGAUAACAAUUUUGUGUCGUGUGUUAAAUGUGGAUAAAUUUGAUCAAUAAAAUAUAUA